GCCAUGUCAAAGCUGGCUCUCGGCGUGAGGCGCAGCGCCCACCGAGCUGGCGCACUCCUUGCUGUGCUGGGUCUCAUUGUGGCACUCCACGCUGCCGGUGCAGCAUUCUCGUCCACCAGGCAGCCGCCACAGGAACCCAAGGACGCAACCCAUCGACGACAGCUGCUCACAGGCGUCGGACUGAGCACUGCUCUGACAGCCACUCCGGCGCUAGCAGACACGUACGAGGAUUCCAAUCAGGGCUACGAGUUCCAGUUCCCAACUGGCCCUCAGAAGUCCAGCCUGAAAGGCUACGAUGUCUUCUACCGAGAUAUCCUCGAGCCGCUGGAAUACAUUGGCCUCAAGGUUGUCAAGACUGAGCGCAACAGCCUGGACGAUGUUGGCACACCGCAGGAG